UCAUUGUUGCUGUUGUUUUUGUAUUUUAUUUCUUUUUUUGCUCUCGCUGGUCGCGUCGCGUUUUGUGUAUGUUUCGCCCUGCGCCGCAUUUUCUUUGUUUUUCGCUUUUGUGUUGUUCGCCUGAAGAAAAAUCAAGUUAACAGCCAACGCACGCAACGCGCCAUCGAUAUACAGGGUGUGUGAGUGUGUGUGGGCAGAGAGAAGGCAGCGACAACGACCGAGGCAGAGGCAGCGAAGCAAUAACGACGAGGAGCUUCAGCUUCGCUUUGCCGGGUCGCCAACGAUCGUCGCUUGUUGUUGUUUUUGGUUUUGCGCGUGUGCAUUAAAAAUAAAAAGCCUGCAGCGCCAACGCAGACGUCGACUGCGACGCUUCGCUUGCUUCUGCUACUGCUCCCAUUGUGUUGUUGUUGCUUCGCUUCGCUGAUUCAGAGACGUCGCGCUGUCGACGUCGACUGAAACUCGACUUUUGGCGUUUUGUCGAGGUUGCUGAGCCCGGGCGAACGAGCCGCGAAUCCAGUUUCUUCUUCACUCUCGGCCUCGGCUAACAAACAACGCGAAACAGCCACGGCAAAAAAGAAAUAAAAAUAAAAGCAAGCAGAAAUCACUUUUUUUUUGCUCGUUUGCCAAUUGUUGAAUGUACUGCGGCAAGAGCAUGGAGCUUUCGUCCGCCGGCUGUGCUGAUUGCUGCAGCGACUGCACCCCCGUCCCACCCGCUUGCUGUGCUACGUCCGGCAGCUGCUGCGAAGAAGCUGCCUGCUGUGAAACGAAUUGCCAGCUGCUGCCGAGCGAACAGACGAUCAGCUAUGAAUAUCACGAGCCCGAAGAGAAUUUUGUGUCGAUUGAUGAUGCGAAGAUUAAAAGCUUGCUGCUCAAGAUUGGACAACAGCAGCAGCAACAACGACAACAAUUACAGCGCGAAUUGCAGCAGGAAAGGGAACGACAGCGGCAACAACAGCAGCAGCAGCAACAGAUUAUUGAGCUAUUGGAUGAUGAUGAGACUGCAAUUCGAUGCUCACCUGAUAUACAGUUGAUUCCCAAGCCCGUGGAACAACAUCGCAUUGUGGCACGCAUUGAGCUGAGCGACAGUGAGUGCGAUGAGGAAGAGCAGGAGACAAUAGCUGAGAAGGAGUUGCCACUCAGCUGUGAACUGCGAUCGAGUCCGGCUCACAUCAUCGUGCUGCAGUCGGAUGAUGACGAGCAGACGAAUCUUUUGCAGCCACUGCCUCCAGAGGUUGCAACUGCAACAAAGAAGAGACCCACGAGACCUUAUGUGAAGCGACGGGGUCGCAAUUUCUAUCAGUGCCAAGCGUGUGGCAAGAAAGUGCAGUCCAACUACAAUUUGCGGCGUCACAUGAUGAUACACACAGGAGAACGUCCCUUUCCAUGCGACUUAUGCGAGCGUCGCUUUCGCGAGUUCAGCGAUCUGAAGAAGCAUCGACGUCGUCACAUGAACGAUCCGCGCUAUAUCUGCAUGAUCUGUCACUUGUAUCCACCGAUGGAGCAGGACUCCACGCGCUGUGUGGAAUGUGAGGGCAAGAAUCUGUUGCUCAAUCCUCAGGACUGUGAAGAUGGGCCAGAAGUUGUGAAUGCUGUGGACAAAGACGAUGACGACGAUGAAGAGGCUGAACCAGAAGCAGAGCCAGAGCAGGCACAGGAAACAGAUCAAGAGGAAGGAGAUGAUACGUUGAUGUCGCCUCCACCAGUUGCCACAACUCUAAUUGCCCCGCCGUCACCCUUGCUGGUGGUCACCUUGGUGCCUCCAUUGCCAACGCCACCUCCCAGUGCAUCGGUAACAAUUUCGAGCAUUCCGCGGAGCUACAGCAGCGCGAACUCUUCCUCGUCGCUGAGCAACGAUGCAACUUUAGUGUCGCAGUUGCCAGCGCGAACUUCCCGCAAUCGACGUUCCUAUCCCUGUCCGCUCUGUCAUCGUCCAUUUGGAACGCGGCACAAUCUCAAGCGACACUACAUGAUACACACGGGAGAGAAACCCUUCAGUUGCACCAAGUGCCGGAAGCCGUUUCGGGAGUGCUCCACGCUCAAGAAGCAUAUGGUGACCCAUGUGCGAGAACGCUGGUAUAAAUGCCUGAGAUGUCCAGCCAAGUAUAAGGACUACUUGCAUUACACGUCACACAAGGCGACGCAUGGCAAUGAGACACCAUUGGAGUUGGGAUCUGUUGCUCAGCAUAGAGUGCGUUCCUCGGACAGUGAUGAUGGGGAAAGCUCUCUGGAGGAUUGGCUGGAGUGCUGUGAAUGCCAGAGUCGAUUUACACGCCUGGAUGCGUAUACAGCGCAUCUAAAGCAACACGAUUUGGAACUGUAUGGCAUGAGUGUGGAUGAUGUGGAGGACGAUGAUCAGGAAGUCGAAGUGGCUUAGUUCACGAUGUACUGCAAAGGUUAGAGCAGUUUUUUGCGAGCCUGUUAAUUAAAAAUGCUUUUUAGGUUGUAACAUUGUUAAAGAGCUUUCUGUCUGCCCGUCUGUCCACAUCUCUAAAUGACUGGAUUACAGAAACUAUAAGAGCUAGAGCUAUGAAACUUUGUAAUAUGACUUUUAAUGAGUCUAUAAAGCUCGAGUUUAGCUUAGAAUUUAGCCACGCACCCUCGUUUAUAGUAUAUAAAAU